AUGAUUUGGAAAAUAAUUUUAAUUUCAUUUUGUAUUAUUAUUCCCAAUAUUCUUGGUGCUGGUUUUAUUGGAAGAAAACAGUCUGUUGGAGUUAGAGGUACAUUGAAAUGUAAUGGUGUUCCAGCAAGAAAUGUGAAGGUCAAACUUUAUGAUGUGGAUACUUUUGACAUUGAUGAUUUCAUGGGUGAAACAAAAACUGAUAGCAAUGGAAGAUUUGAACUUCAAGGAACACAUAAAGAAAUUACAACUAUAGAUCCAAAAAUUAACAUUUAUCAUAAAUGUGGAUCACUUGUAGGAGUCUGUUCAAGAAAAAUUUCAAUAAAGAUUCCUGACAGCUUUGUUGCUGAUGGAACACAAGUAAAAAAAUGGUAUGAUGCAGGAUCUCUUGAAUUGGCUGGAAAAUUUCCAGGAGAAUCAAAAGAUUGUAUUAAUUAA